UCCGCUUCCGGCCGCUCCCGGCGUGCCCCGCGCCCCGGUUCCGCUUCCGGCCGGUCCCGCAGGAGGGCAUGGCGGAGCUGCCCGCGGGCGCUGAGGCCAGGACGAAGGCAAGAGAGAAACAGAGGAACAAAAAGAAAGCGACGCCAGUUGAUGAGUCUGAGCUUCUCACUGUGCCAGAUGGAUGGAAAGAGCCACCCUUCACCAGAGAAGAUAAUCCCAAAGGGCUGCUGGAGGAAAGCAGCUUUGCCACUCUGUUUCCCAAGUACCGAGAGGCAUACCUGAAGGAGUGCUGGCCGCUGGUCCAGAGGGCCUUGGCUGAACACUAUGUGACCGCAGCGCUGGAUCUGAUUGAGGGAAGCAUGACUGUCACUACUACGAAGAAGACUUUUGACCCCUAUGCAAUCAUCAGGGCCAGGGAUUUGAUAAAACUUCUGGCAAGGAGUGUUCCAUUUGAACAGGCAGUUCGUAUCCUCCAAGAUGACGUCGCCUGUGACAUCAUUAAAAUAGGCUCUCUGGUGAGGAAGAAAGAGACUUUUAUCAAAAGAAGAGGACGACUUCUUGGGCCAAAGGGGUCUACUCUGAAGGCCCUGGAGCUGUUAACAAACUGUUACAUCAUGGUGCAAGGCAACACUGUUUCAGCUCUGGGACCCUUCAGUGGGCUAAAAGAGGUCAGAAAAGUUGUGCUGGACACGAUGAAGAACAUACAUCCCAUAUAUAACAUUAAGACUUUGAUGAUCAAAAGAGAAUUGUCCAAAGACCCCGAGCUGCGGUGCCAGAGCUGGGAGCGGUUCCUGCCCAGGUUCAAGCGGAAGAACCUGAAGAAGCGCAAGGAGCCCAAGAAGAAGAAGGCCAAGAAGGAGUACACUCCCUUCCCCCCGCCGCAGCCCGACAGCCAGGUCGAUAAGGAGCUGGCCAGUGGGGAGUACUUCCUGAAGGAGAGGCAGAGGAAGCGGAAGCGCAUGGAGGAGAUAAAGGCAAAGCAAGCAGAUGCAGUCAAGAAAAGGCAAGAAGAACGAAAUAAAGCUUUUAUCCCACCCAAGGAAAAGCCAGCUGUGAAAACAAAGAAAGCCUCCACUGAGAAGAAAAUUGAUGUUGAAGCCAUCAAGGUAAAGGUAAAAAAUGCAAAGAAGAAGAAGUUGGGAGCACUUCCUGUGGAAGAGGUCAAGCUAAAAAUGGCAGCAGAUGAAAAGAAGAAGAAAAAGAAGUAACUCAGCUCCUGUGGUGCUCCUACCUUAAUGAACAUUGUCACACUUGGAAGAUUAGAGCCGCGUUGCUGUCAGUGUAACCUGGGCAAGAAGAGACUGGGCAGAAGGAUCAUUCUCUUUCAUAAAUAUGGGUUCCUUAGUAGACUAAAGCAGCUGAGCAGAAUUUCCAAGGCUGGUGAGGAAAAUGCAGUGUGGUGGUGUUUGAAUGAGUGAGAGAGUGUGUUGGGAUGACAUCCACCCACCCGUGGAGAGGCUUCUGAAGAGAAGCAUUUGGGAGUGUGACACAGGAUGUCGAGACGCGAGGGCCAGAGAACCCCAUGGGAUUUUAAGGCAAUUCUGCUGUGAAAGCCUGGCAGAUAGACACAGCCUCAGCUAGCAACAGGGCAGGAUCUACUGCUGCAUUGUGCUCCUGUUCCUCUAAACGCUGAUGCUUUGUGUGCUUUGGUGUCAAUAAACUAUUUUGAUACAUUGUUUUCAAA